AUGAUUCCAAGAAAAGCAAGAAAAAUAAAAAAAUGAGAAAGUUCAUUGCUUCUUCUUCAAUUCAAAAAUCAAUGAAAUCCUGGAGAUUCUCAAUAAUAUCUGCUAGGAUUUCCGAUCUUUCCAAACUGUCCAAAUCUUUUGGUAUCACCAUCUUCUUCUCACAUUCAAAAUAUAUCCUAAUACACAUUUACAUAUUCAUAUAUAUAUAAACACAUACAUUAUGAACCCUCAUUAUAUUCAUAUUCUCUUCAUUUUCCAUAUUCUUUAAGUAAAACGAGAUGAUGAGUUCAGAGACGACGCAGUUCCAUGUACUAGCAGUUGACGAUAGCCUCAUCGACAGAAAAUUGAUCGAGAGACUUCUCAAGACUUCUUCAUUUCAAGUUACUGCUGUGGAUUCUGGGAUCAAGGCUCUGAAAUAUUUAGGAUUGAUAGAUGAUGAAAAUACAAGCACGGAUACAGAUCCUUUCUCUACUAGCACCAAGAAUAAUCAUGAAGUGGAAGUAAACUUGAUCAUCACUGAUUACUGCAUGCCCGAAAUGACCGGCUACGAUCUUCUUAGAAAAAUUAAGGGAUCGACAUCGUUGAGGGAUAUCCCCGUUGUGAUCAUGUCAUCGGAGAAUGUUCCGUCGAGGAUAAACAGCUGUUUGGAGCAAGGAGCUGAUGAGUUUUUCCUCAAACCAGUUCAGCAAUCAGAUGUGAAUAAACUCAAGCCACGUUUGUUGAGAGGAAAACAAGAGGACUUAAUGGGAAAUCAGCAAAAUAUUGAAGGAAUCAACAAGAGAAAGACUAGUGGAGAAUGUGUAUCACAAGAUAGGACUAGAGCAAGAUACAAUGACUUGGAACUAUAGUCCACUAUUAUUGGCACAAAUAGAGUUAAUUGUAGCAUCAAAAACUUGAAGAUUAGCUAUAUAAUUAAUCCUAUUCAUUUUUUCUAAAUUCUCUUUUAAAUGUUCUUGUAUAUAUAUUUACACAUAUUUAUAUGACAGAUUUUUUUAGAGUAA